AUGAUUCCCAGAGAGUGACGUAGCAGAGGACGCCAUUAGACUGGCUGAGAAGCGCAGACACAAACAGGCGGAAAUAAUAUCUUAUUUACUUUUCUGUUUUUUUUCUCUCUCUUUUUACUCAGUAGGGGGGGACUUAACCCCCGUCGUUUCCCCUCACGGUUUCAUAUCACACGAAUGUAGAUAUCUAAUGUAAGGCAGCAGCAGGAGGCGAGGUGUACUUUUCUUUACUGAAGUUGAAGAAGGAGACCUCUCUAUCUAUCUACCAUGGCGGCUGGCGGCGGCAGUACUGUUCACAGAACAUACUCCUUCAAGGUGGUGUUGUUAGGGGAAGGCUGUGUGGGAAAGACGUCUCUGGUCCUUCGCUAUUGUGAAAACAAGUUCAACGACAAACACAUCACGACCCUCCAGGCAUCAUUCCUUACAAAGAAGCUCAACAUUACAGGCAAGAGAGUCAAUCUGGCUAUUUGGGACACAGCUGGGCAGGAACGGUUUCACGCUCUCGGGCCAAUCUACUACAGAGACUCCAACGGAGCCAUUUUAGUCUACGACAUCACCGAUGAAGACUCCUUCCAGAAGGUGAAAAACUGGGUGAAGGAACUAAGGAAAAUGUUGGGAAACGAAAUAUGUUUAUGUAUAGUAGGUAAUAAAAUCGAUCUGGAGAAAGAGAGAAAUGUUUCAGUGGAAGAGGCUGAGGCGUAUGCAGAGUCAGUUGGGGCAAAACACUAUCACACAUCAGCUAAAUUAAACAAAGGAAUUGAAGAAAUGUUCCUCGAUCUGUGUAAAAGAAUGAUGGAGACUGCACAGGUGGAGGAGAGAUCUAAGGGGAACGGGACGAGCCACGCAAGCACAGGACGGAGAGGCGUUCAGAUCAUCGACGACGAACCGCAAGCUGCUACUGCAGCCGGAGGGUGCUGUUCAUCAGGCUAGGACAGUGUCUCUCCCCCUCCCCCCCUCCCCCUCCCCCCUCUCUAUAGUACUGGUACUCUUCAUCAACCACUCGUUCUCUGCUCUGUAACACUGAUGGCUUCAGCAGUGUUUUGUUUUCCUGUUGACUGCAAAGUUGGAAUACAGAAUCUAAUGGAUGUGGUAACUUGAUCACUCUCUCAGGCACUCUGUCCCUCUCUCUCUCUCGCGCGCGCAUACACACAUGCACUCUUUCUGAAUAUUUGAACACGCACGAAGAUCUGAUUUUUCCAAGCUUUUUUUUUUUCUCCCCCCCCCAUUUGGUUACUGUUGUACUUGGGUUGAUUUCCAUGAAAGCAUUUUCUUUUAAUUAGAAGCUUAAAGGAAAUAAGUACCCAUUAUUUAAUAACGUAAACAUGCACACUGAAGUCCGCUGUACUUGUGGUAAUUAGUGAGCUUCUGUCUUUGUCUCCAACGUCACCUCCUGAAUUCAUCACUAAUCAGAAGUUUUAUUAAACAUGCUCUCUAGUUGGGUUUGGACUUGUAUGUACCAAAAAAAAUUACACAUGUAUCAUAUUUUAUCUGCCUUCACAACUUUUUAUUUUUUGGGAACUCGUACAGUUAGCCACUUGCAAAAGUAUUCAGUACUUCUGUUGCAUCCAUAUAAAUAGUCAAACUGCACAAAAAAAGGGAAGAGGAAAAAAGAUCAUCGUAAAGCAACAAAGGAAAGACACUGAAAUGUGCGAUGGUGUAAGUAUUCAAGGCUUCAGUAGGGCUACAAAGCAUUUUGCUCACACGACUGAAACUGUUUCAGACUUUUCCCCCUUUCCCUUACUCAUUUGGAUCUCUCAUUUCUGGUGUUUCUUUGUCAACAUCUUUAAAGUCAGGAUUGUUUUCUAUGAAAGCAGCAUUUUUCAAAAAGAAAAAUUUGUACUUGUUGCUGUCUAAUACUUAAUGACCUCCUUUACCUUUUUGUUUAAUUGCUAAGAGUGGGGAUCGUCUAAAUUCCAUACCCUGACUAUGAAGCCAAGAUAAAAAAACAUUCUAAUUUUGUAUGAUUUUUCUUUUUUUUUUCUGAAUUAGUGCCAUUUGCAAAGAUACAUACUGGAAGUGUUUCAGAGUCACAGAGCACUUAGUUCCUCCUGUAUGUUGUAUAGUGAUGUCUGAGUUCCCUGAAAAUUAAUAUAAUUAAGUUAAAUGGAGAAAAGAUGUGGGGUUGGUUUGCCUUUGGAACCAUCAGAAAUAUAGAAUGUGUUUAGCUUAGCAUGAGAGUGUGUGUAUACACACACAACAGUGUGUAGGGUGUGGUUGUGUGUGUCGGGGGUGUUUUUGGUUUGUUUUCCCAAUACAGAAUUUGAAUUGA